CCUUCAUAAUUUCGUCUUUUCCCGUGCAAAACCCCCCAAAAAGCCUGAACAAGAAGAGAAAGAGAGAGAGAGAGAGAGAGAGAGAGAGAGACAGAGAGAUCACUCGAUCGCUGCUCAAGCCUCAAAUGUCAUUCUCUUGAGUAAUCUCUCUGUUCGAUUUCCUUUUUCGGUGACGUGAAAAAUCUAAGGAAACGGGGUUUUGGAAUCUGGGAGUGGCGAGAGAUCAACAGGGAAACUCUUGUGUGAAAGAUACGGGAGAAAUGGCUGGAUCGGAUGAGAACAAUCCUGGAGUCAUCGGACCGUCACAUCUUCAAGGGGGUUUGCGUGCCAGAGAAGGUGGGAAGUUUGUGGCGGCCACUGGGCAGAAUCGAAGAGCAUUGAGCACUAUUAAUCGGAACGUGAUUGGAGCUCCAUCUUACCCUUGUGCAGUGAACAAAAGACCUUUAUCUGAAAGAAAUGCAGUCUGUAAUAAGAUCCCACCCAUACCUGUGCAUAGACCAAUUACUAGGAAGUUUGCUUCCCAGAUGGCUAACAAGCAGCAAAUCAAACCCCAGGAAGUAAAGAAAUCACUCCUGUCAGUACCAUUUUCAAAUGAAUCCGAAGAUUGCACCAUUAUAGAUGUGGACGACCCUAAGGCAAGUAGUGACUCCGAUGUGCCAAUGUUUGUGCAACACACAGAAGCUAUGCUGGAGGAGAUUGACCGGAUGGAGGAGGUUGAGAUGGAAGACGUGGAUGAAGAGCCUUUUUUUGACAUUGAUAUUUGUGAUAAAAAGAAUCCGCUUGCAGUUGUUGAGUACAUUGAUGAUUUAUACAAAUUCUACCGGAAAGCAGAGUGUACUGGUUGUGUUCCUCCAAAUUAUAUGGCGCUGCAAUGUGACAUUAACGAGAGGAUGAGAGGUAUCCUUAUUGACUGGCUGAUAGAGGUUCACUACAAGUUUGAACUGAUGGAGGAGACCUUAUAUCUGACAGUAAAUCUAAUCGAUAGAUUUUUAGCGGUUCAACAAGUAGUGAGAAAGAAACUUCAGUUGGUUGGAGUAACAGCCAUGCUUCUUGCCUGCAAAUAUGAAGAAGUUUCUGUUCCUGUUGUAGAGGAUCUGAUUCUGAUUUCUGACAAGGCCUACAGCAGAAAAGAAGUGCUGGACAUGGAGAAACUGAUGAUCAAUACCUUACAAUUCAAUCUAUCUUUUCCUACACCGUAUGUGUUUAUGAGGAGAUUUCUCAAAGCCGCUCAAUCUAACAAGAAGCUUGAGCUUCUGUCAUUCCUCAUGAUCGAGCUUUGCCUAGUUGAAUAUGAAAUGCUCAAGUUUCCACCUUCUUUAUUAGCUGCUGCUGCUAUUUUCACUGCUCAGUGUACGAUUAGUGGGUCUAAGAAUUGGACCAAGACCAGUGAGUGGUAUACUGCCUACUCGGAAGAGCAGCUUACGGAUUGCUCAAGAAUGAUGGUUACUUUCCAUCAGAAGGCAGGGACAGGGAAACUUACAGGUGUACACAGGAAGUACAGUACAUCUAAGUAUGGUUAUGCUGCAAAAACUGAGCCAGCAACUUUUCUCUUGGAGGCUAGAUUCUAGCACUGCUAAAAAGGCAAUGAUUGAUCAAAUCCUACUAACUAGGACUCUGAGGGGGGUGGGAUGCCAUUGAGCAACAACACAAAGUUGCCCCUGGGAUAUAUAAAUACUGACUUGGUGUUUGCCCUUUGAAUUCGGCCUUUCGAUUUACAUUUUAUUUGAACAUAGCAGGAGGAUGUUUGUUUCUUUUUCUCCUACCUGGAGAUUAAAAUAAUUGUAAAACUGUUCCAUCCAAAUCUAUAUAUAUUUCAUUUGUUGGAUU